AUGGCAUCCCGGAUUCUGGCCGUGACGCUCGUCGCCUCGAGUCUGACCCAUGCGGCGAUAAACGAACCUCCUCUGCCCAAGGGCUUCGGCCCCAGUCUCGACGAUGCCAAAAGCCGUGGAUCUCAAAUCUUCAACGCUAUCAAUAAUGCCAUGCGACAAUGGGGCUCGUCUCUUCACCACAAUGGCAUGUCCGUUUAUCUAGCAACGGUCCCUGAGGGUGUAAUUUUCCAUCACGGCAAUGACAACGAAACAUCACCAGAUGGCCCAGAGUGGCUUGCCUACGAGAUCGAGCACGCCGAAGGCUUCGCACGCGGAAGACAUGGACCUCCAGGAAGAGGCCCACCCGGCGGUGGUCGAGGCCCUCCUGAUGAUGGUCAUCCUCCACCGCCAAACAACGACAGGAAACCACCAUCUGGAAGUCGCGAGGCGCAAAGCAAAUUUGACUUGAUACGGAUGAAGGAUGAAGGCACAUCACAGCAUGUGAUGGGCGAUGAGCCCCCUGCUGAGUCUCCAUCGGAUGUCCAUGACAUGGAGGGCCAAGGUGGAUGGCUUCACACUUAUCGCACAACUCGGCCGUUACGAUAUCUAUAUGUCGACGGAAUGAGCGGUGGCAAAACAUCUAUGGGGACAUUGGAUACUCAAGACUACCUGCUCCGAGGUGACAAAACCACGGUGUACACAAUGGACAAGCCACCGCACAUGGGCAAGAGGGCCGGUGGACCAAUGGACGAAAGGAGACGGGCUUAUGAGCUCUGCGAGAUGUGUUACUACUGGGAUCUAUCCGGUAUAAUACGUAUGGAAGCUGGCUUCGAAAUCAUACAUUGCGAUUUCCAAGACGGUCUUGAGGAAAUACAAGCCCUACAACGGCCAGAUCCUGCCGAUCGUGACCGUGGGAAGGACGGGGACGUGAGAAAUUUCGAGUUCAUGCGCGCUCUGUCUGAACGCUACUACGAAAUCGGGUCAUCCAGGACAACUAUCGAAUUUUCGACAAUGGUGUCGGCCUUCUUCUACCCUGUCAACUUGACAAAUCCAGACCCCAAGCGACCCGACUUGCCACGUCUUGCCAACGUCACUGAUGCGGAGCUUGCUGCCAUCAAAGCCGACCUAAACCGUAUCAUCUCUGAGACACCCGACAACUUCAGUCGUACUGUUGAUUGGCAAGAUGUGACAGACCUCAUUGUGACCCGGUAUGCGGACAGAUUCAAGUACAUGACCCAAAAGGUUACCUCAGCGGACCAAUUGCUUGGCGAGAUCAAUCACCUUCUGACCGUCUACAUUGACUAUUCGGGCAAGGAUGUCGACCAAAUACCUUCUGCCAUAAAUCGAUGUACCGACUUUUAUCUUCAUGGCAUCUCUCCUCAGACUAAAGCAGACCAUCUGAUACAUGCUGCGAUCAAAAGUGUCACAUCACAGAUUUGCACCAAGCUAUUUGACGCGAGGGAGAUCCUGUCCAGCAAGAGCUCCGAUGCUGCUGGACUGGAAACGUCCAAGCUUUCAGAUACCAUGCAUAUUAUCCGAAGCUUGGUAGAGUACCUGGGAUGGGCCCGCUUCAAGCGCUGUUCUCAAUGUGAUGUGGACGAGGUGUGCCUUAUCCCGAUGUGGCCGUUUGGUACGAAGGAAGACUAUGACACACCCCGAUGCGCCAACUCGUCGAGCAUAAGAGGGGACGGAGAUAAUUACUGGGGAGGUUUCGUGAUACCACGAUUGGUCAAUUUAUUUCAUUGCGUCGCUUACAAUACCCUAUUGCUCUUCUCUACAAUGAUAUUUGUUUACCGGAUCAGGAAGAUCGCCACAGAAUCAAAGACGAUGCUGGCCGAGAUCCCAAAGACAUAUGAUCUCGCAUAUAUGAACUCAUCUUAG